CUUCCCCGGCACGGCCCCGAGGGAGGUCGGGCCCCUCCCGGGGGGCGGCCGCCCUCGCCCCGCGCACCUGGCGCCCCCUCCCUGAAGGGCACGCCGUCCUCCCGGGCGGCCCGCCUCCUUCCCACCCCCGCGCUCCUAACGGUCGCCCUCGGGCUCCUCGGCAGCCCUGCCCGGCCCCCUCCCGUCCAUCCGCAUCCUCCGCCUGGCCCGCCCGGGGCCCCCCGACCCUAAUGCCCGGCGGUCCCCGGAGACUUCCCCGGCGUGCCUCCGGGCUCUUAUCGUAAUUAGCUGGGCCCAGCGGCUCUGAAAGUCCAGGCGUUCCGUGACUUUGGCCAACGUGGAAGCCUUUCCUCUUAACCAAAGCACCUCCACUGGGUCUUCACCUAAAUCUCCUUUCCACGAGCGACAUUAGUGCUUGGUCAUUGGGGUCUCCUUGCUCCCUGUUGCCUGACCGUUUUCAACACCUAAGUCUCUCCUGUCUCCAGGCCAGGCUCUUCCCAGCCCAGCGCCUCUGAUGCAGCAGCUCCCCGGCCACGGCCCCUCACACUUUGGCUUUUUUUUUUUUUCCCCCUCCUUCUUCUUCCUUCCUAAGUUAACUUAAAAGCAACCCUCAUCUCGCAUUUCUUACCCAGCCGUUACUAGAAUUCCCAGUAAGCUCCCAGGUCUGGUCCUUCAUAGGGCCCCGGCCCUGGGAGAUGCUAAGUCAAUUGUUGUUGGCCCAUUCUUUCCUCCACCCGCCCCAGUCUCACUGCCCUCUCCUUAUUGCUGUUUGCCCAAAGAUCAGCCUCCACACAAUCUCUCCACUGCUCCUCUGAGCUGGCAGUUGUACCUUAGCCCUCCACCCCCCCGCCUCUGCAUCUGAAGCCCUAUGGGCGCCGACAGGCUAGUCCCCUUUGCCACUCACGAUGUGGGAGUUUGCUCUCUAGGUCCUUCAUCUGUACUGUUCCCUGUGUGUCUCAGGCCACCCACCCUCACUCAGCUCCAGUCUUAGUUUCUAGUUGUUGGCCUGGUGUGUAAUUGGGAAGGAUCGAGACGGAUCUGGAUUUUGUGUUGCUGCCUUGGUCUGGGGACCCAGGGCCUUAGGAGACCUAUAUGGUGAUUACAGUCAAGUGAGUUGUGUUCCUAGACCUCUGGCCCGGCUUUUUAAGCCAGGGGACAGAUUAGUAUUGUUGCCGUUUGAGAAAUUAAAGGACUGUAGUUUGUUGUUGUCUGUGGUUGGAGUUAGGGGUAGAAAGAGUAGUCUCAAUUUAAACAGCAAGGGAGAAGAGAUUGCUACGUGAAAGAUUUAUAAAACUAAAGGAAAUUUAAAACGGCCUGAAACUCACAAAGUACUCAGGGUGCUUCUGCUGCUAGUGCAUCCCUUCUCCAGUCUCAAACAGAGUGUCUGGGGACAUGGGGUCCCCUGUGGGGCCAGCUGCAUCCUUCCUUGUUUUCCCUGGCUAGGUCCCAAGACUGGGCAAGUGGGUAGAAGGGAUCAAAUGAGGUAAAGUGUGAAAGCGCUUUGAAAACUUAACUGGUAAACGUGCCAAGGGGCGUUAUUUGUCAUGAUGGCUCAGAGAGGAGAGAGCUGGGAUCGCUCACCAGGUGGGGGAAACAUGGGCUUGCACCCCUUUCUGAGCUUUCUCAGUUACCCUCCUGGGCCUGGAGGGUCUUCGCAUCCUGAGAAAGGGCAGAGUCACUUCCCAACAGGUUUGGGACUGGGCGGUUGUUGGUUGCUCAGAUGUUGGGGAAUUUAGGACUCCACUUCUGUUAAUAGUGGUACCUUUCUGUGCCAAGGCACAUAGCUCUGGAAUGGGGCUAAUUUUAGGGUUGAUGGAAUGAGGAAAUAACGUUAACUUAGCGUGUGCUAGGACUGCCCAUUCUUGGGAUCUUUUUCUUCUCAGGGUUCUGAACCCCAGAGAACAGGCUUCCCUCCUGUUCCUGCAAGCCUGUUGUGAACACCCUGGACCAGUAUAUCUUUUUCCCUCAACUCCAGCAGGGGGCAGCCUUUUAAUAGCAAUAAAUCUAAAGCUCGGAGGGAGAGGGUGUACCAAGGCCUGAGAAAGAAGAUGGGGCAGAGGGAUGGAGGGAGCCGGGCAGGCAGAUGAGGCAGGCAGGUGCUGAAGGUAGGGGUGGCGGGUAAGCGGGAAAGAGCCUAGAGGAGACGCUUAGAUCAAGAAGCCAGGAAAGGGUGCUGCCCCCAGUCCUGUCUGCUCUCUGUCCCGGCCCUUUCCUUCACUGGAAAGGGAUCCAAACAGGUGGCUUCGAGAGUUUGUGAUAGAGAAACUUUGCACAAUUGUUUUCAUCUCUUUAAGGAUUUCCCUCCUGGCAGGGUUUCAGAUUUCUCUCAAGGGACGGUAUAAUUAGGAAAAGAUUUCCCUGCUUUUAGGGGAGACUGAACUGGAAUAAAUUUGGUUUCUCCUGUCUUCUGUUCUUCCCCGUAAACACAGAGCAGGCUUUACCUGCGCUUGUGAUAUGGAGGAGGCGUCCUCAGCCCGGGCACUGUCGCCGCAUUGGGCCCACUAAUUUCUUGUUGUGGGGGGCUGUCAUGCGCCUUGUUGGAGGCCAGUAGCGCCUUUCAAGUCAUGCCUACCAAAACCGUGUCCAGAUACCGCCACAUGUGCCCUGGAGUGCAGGCGCCCCCAGUUGAGAACCCCUGGCUCAGAGGACACAGAAGCACGCCUGGUCGGAAGGUGGGAACCACUGGCAGCUCGUGUGCUGCUUUGCAGUGCUUCCUUUGGUCUGAAGGACGACCCGACAGCCACCGGCUGCUGGACCAGGUCCCCCUGUGGCCAGGCCAGCCCGGAGACGUGACUUUCCUCCAGCCGCUCCUCUGCUUCCUCUGCCCUGACUGCCUUUCCUUGCUUCUGCAGUUUCCCUGCUUCUCACACCGGGAACCACUUUUCCUCAGUUUGCCAGUCUGCGACCGGGACAGAAAGGUGAAGGCCGGAAGAGGAGAGCUGCCUUUGCCACUCCCUGGAAGGGAGGGAGGAAUCGUGGAGUCUUGGACUUGAUGGAAACCGUGGAGGCACUCUGGUCCGGCCUCCUCCCCAGCCAGUGAGGGAAGCCCUUGUGCAGCUCCCUGAGACCUCACCCACCCAUCCUUGCUCAGAACCGCCAGGGAUGCGCUGCCCCCUGAGAGCCUCUCCUGCUGUUCCUUAGGAGGACAGGUCACUGCCACUACUUCUGUCAACCUCAUUUUUACUUUAUGGAUCUUUCCCUGAUGUGAAGCUCCCUCCCUGGACACCACUGUAGUCAGGUCAGCGUCCUGUAGCUUGGAGACCUUGGUUCAUUCCAGCACAGGCCCCUGCCUGAAGAGAGCCCCGGCCUGGCCCUACCUGCUUCCUGGGGCAAGGCUGCCAAGUAAGUCUGGGGUAGAGGGAGGUAUCCUUUGUUGAAGCUGGAAAGGGCUCCGGCUGCCCUGUUUCCUUCCUUCCCCCAGGUCUUCCCCCGUCGCGACAGUUCACUUAACUCAUGGUGUGAGUGGCACGUGGCUGGCUUAGGUGUUUGGAGAGUGAACGCCAGGUCCCCCCCCCCUUGUCACUUCAGCCCCUCGGACCUUGAGGAUACACCUGGCUCCACAAUGGCAGCAGAGACCCUCAAUUUUGGGCCUGAGUGGCUGAGGGCCCUUUCCAGCGGUGGCAGUGUGGCCUCUCCACCCCCGUCCCCUGCCAUGCCCAAAUACAAGCUGGCUGACUAUCGCUACGGGCGAGAAGAGAUGCUGGCUCUCUACGUCAAGGAGAACAAGGUACCCGAUGAGCUGCAGGACAAGGAGUUUGCUGCGGUGCUGCAGGAGGAGCCACUGCAGCCCCUGGCGCUGGAGCCUUUGACUGAGGAGGAGCAGAGAAACUUCUCCCUGUCAGUGAACAGUGUGGCUGUGCUGAGGCUGAUGGGGAAGGGGGCCGGCCCCCCCCUAGGUGGCGCCUCCCGCGGCAGGGGCAGCACUCGGAGCCGAGGCCGAGGCCGUGGUGACAGUUGCUUUUACCAAAGAAGCAUCGAAGAAGGCGAAGGGGCCUUUGGCCGAAACCCCCGGGAGAUCCAGCGUAGCCAGAGUUGGGAUGACAGAGGCGAGAGAAGGUUUGAGAAGUCAGCCAGGAGGGAUGGAGCGCGAUCCGGGUUUGAGGAGGGAGGGGCUGGCCCGAGGAAGGAACAUGCCCGCUCAGAUAGCGAGAACUGGCGUUCUCUCCGAGAGGAGCAAGAGGAAGAGGAGGAAGGCAGUUGGAGACUUGGGGCAGGACCCCGGCGAGAUGGCGACCGCUGGCGCUCAGCCAGCCCUGAUAGCGGUCCCCGCUCUGCUGGCUGGCGGGAACAUGGGGACCGGCGUCGCAAGUUUGAAUUUGAUAUUCGAGGGGAUCGAGGAGGGUGUGGUGAAGAGGAGGGGCGGGGUGGGGGAGGCAGCGCUCACCUGCGGAGGUGCCGAGGGCCUGACGGCUUUGAGGAGGACAAGGAUGGGCUCCCCGAAUGGUGCCUGGACGAUGAGGAUGAGGAGAUGGGCACCUUUGAUGCCUCUGGGGCCUUUCUGCCUCUCAAGAAGGGCCCCAAGGAGCCUAUUCCUGAGGAGCAGGAGCUCGACUUCCAGGGCCUGGAGGAAGAGGAGGAAGAACCUUCUGAAGCGCUAGAUGAGGCGGGCCCUGAGGCGGGAGGGAAGGAGCUGACCCCACUGCCUCCCCAGGAGGAAAACUCCAGCUCCCCACCCCCACUGCCCACCUUGGGCCCGCUCUGGGGAACUAACGGGGAAGGCGACGAUGCUACAGAGAAAGACCUGCCGGCGACUGAAGACGAUAUGAGGGGGAUGCAGCUGAGUCCCGGGGUGGGCUCACCCCCUGGUCCACCCGGAGAUCUGGAGGAUGAUGAAGGCCUGAAGCACCUGCAGCAGGAGGCAGAGAAGCUGGUGGCCUCCCUGCAGGACAGCUCCCUGGAGGAAGAGCAGUUCACGGCUGCCAUGCAGGCCCAGGGUCUGCGCCACUCAGCAGCUGCCACUGCCCUCCCUCUCAGCCACGGUGCGGCCCGGAAGUGGUUCUACAAGGACCCACAGGGGGAGAUCCAAGGCCCCUUUACAACACAGGAGAUGGCGGAGUGGUUCCAGGCGGGCUAUUUUUCCAUGGCACUGCUUGUGAAGCGGGGCUGUGAUGAGGGCUUCCAGCCACUGGGUGAGGUGAUCAAGAUGUGGGGUCGCGUGCCCUUUGCCCCGGGACCCUCACCACCCCCACUGCUGGGCAACAUGGACCAGGAGCGGCUGAAGAAGCAGCAGGAGCUGGCGGCCGCGGCCUUGUACCAGCAGCUGCAGCACCAGCAGUUUCUGCAGCUGGUCGGCAGCCGGCAGCUCCCGCAGUGCGCACUCCGGGAAAAGGCCGCUCUGGGGGACCUGACGCCGCCCCAGCAGCAGCUCACUGCGUUCCUACAGCAGCUCCAAGCUCUCAAACCGUCCAGAGGCGGGGACCAGAACCUGCUCCCGACCAUGAACCGGUCCUUGUCGGUGCCGGAUUCGGGCCCCCUCUGGGACAUACAUACCUCAGCCUCAUCACAGUCAGGCGGUGAGGCCAGUCUUUGGGACAUACCAAUUAACUCUUCGACUCAGGGUCCAAUUCUAGAACAACUCCAGCUGCAACACAAAUUCCAAGAGCGCAGAGAAGUGGAGCUCAGGGCGAAGCGGGAGGAGGAGGAGCGCAAGCGGCGGGAGGAGAAGCGCCGGCAGCAGCAGCAGCAGCAGGAGGAGCAGAAGCGGCGGCAGGAAGAAGAGGAGCUGUUCCGGCGCAAGCAGGUGCGGCAGCAGGAGCUCCUGCUGAAGCUGCUGCAGCAGCAGCAGGCAGCGGCCGCCGUCCCGGCGUCCCCCGCACCCAGCUCCCCGCCACCGUUGUGGGCCGGCCUGGCCAAGCAGGGGCUGUCCAUGAAGACGCUGCUGGAGCUGCAGCUGGAGGGCGAGCGGCAGCUGCAUAAGCAGCCCCCGCCUCGGGAGCCUUCGCGGGCCCAGGCCCCCAACCACCGUGUGCAGCUCGGGGGCCUGGGCGCUGCUCCUCUGAACCAGUGGGUGUCUGAGGCUGGGCCACUGUGGGGCGGGCCCGACAAGAGCGGGGGCAGCAGCAGCGGUGGCCUGGGGCUCUGGGAGGACACCCUCAAGAGCAGCGGGAGCCUGGCCCGCAGCCUGGGCCUGAAGAACAGCCGGAGCAGCCCCUCUCUCAGUGACUCGUACAGCCACCUGUCAGGCCGGCCUGUGCGCAAAAAGACAGAGGAGGAAGAGAAGCUGCUGAAGCUGCUCCAGGGCAUCCCCAGGCCCCAGGACGGCUUCACCCAGUGGUGUGAGCAGAUGCUGCACACACUGAGCACCACAGGCAGCCUGGACGUGCCCAUGGCUGUAGCGAUCCUCAAGGAGGUAGAAUCCCCCUACGAUGUCCACGAUUAUAUCCGGUCCUGCUUGGGGGACACGCUGGAAGCCAAAGAAUUUGCCAAACAGUUCCUGGAGCGGAGGGCCAAACAGAAAGCCAGCCAGCAGCGGCAGCAGGAGGCUUGGCUGAGCGGCGGCUCCCUGCAGACAGCCUUUCAGACCAACCACAGCACCAAACUCGGCCCUGGGGAGGGCAGCAAGGCCAAGAGGCGGGCUCUGAUGCUGCACUCGGAUCCCAGCAUCUUGGGGUACUCCCUGCACGGACCUUCUGGUGAGAUCGAGAGCGUGGAUGACUACUGACCAGCCCGUCCCACCAGCCCCUGGGCUGUAGGCCAGGGGCAGCAGCAGCGGCUUGGACCCUUGGGUCCCCAGCCUGCAGGCUCCCCACGGGAGCAUAGGAGGAAGCAGGGGCAGGGUCCCCAGCACUUGUUACAAACCACACGAUGCACCUUAACUCACCCACCACGAGGCACUUUACAGAUUGGGGGGGAAGGGUUUUUGGUUUUUUUGUUUUUUGGGGGUUUUUUUUGUUUUGUUUUUUCUUUUUUUAAAAAGCAUUUUAAACCGCAUUGAAGAAAACUGUUAGGAGAGACAAAAAUUGUUAAAAACUAGACUCUAAGCACCCCUUCCCCCUGUAGGGACAGUGAGGGUGACAGUGGAAGGUCCACAGAGGUCUUUUGGGGUUUUUUUUGUGUAUGUGUGUGUGUGUGUGUGUGUGUGUGUUUUGUUUUUUGUUUUUGUUUUUUAAGAAAAAAGAAAAUGGAAAAAAAAAGGUUAGGAGAUUUAAGGAAAAAAACACACUGUUAUUUUGGGGCAGUGGGGACACAGGCCCCAUGGACCUGUCCUGCCUGGCCCCCAAGGCUGCACUUACCCUCCCUGCCCCGCAAGGUGGGCCAUUGGGGUAACUGGAAGCUGGGGUGCCAGCAGUUUGCACAGCGAGGCCCCCUCAGCCCCGCCGGCCGGACCCGCUGUGAACGGCUCCCUUUGUUGCUGUGACCGUGGCAGAGGUGUCCGUGGUGGGGGCCAAAGUAGCCCCUUGGCUUUGCUGCUUUAGGGGAAAGUUGCACAAAUGGGCCGGGCCGCCUCAGCUCUCUAGGCUGCCAUCCUGUGCUGGCUGACGGUGGGGAGGGGGAGAGGGCCAGCCGGUGCCAAUCUCUUCUGGCCGUCAGGGUGACGGGACUUCCACUCUGGCCCUGGUGAGGGGCUUCCCCCACUGCUGCCAUUUGGGGGGACGGCCUGGGUGUGAAGCUGAAAGCCUCAGCUCCCUGCCUUGCCACAUGAAUGUAUUCUUUGGGCCACAAGCCCCUGCUGCGCCUUCUGCCUCAACCCCGUGCGAGGUGGGAGUAGAGCAGUUCCUCCGGGAGCUGGAGAGAGAGGCACCACUUACUGACUGUUUUCUCCUGUGAAAGGGGCAAGAGGAGGGCCUAGGAGGCCAAGGGAGUGGGCAGCAUGGGGCUUCGGGUUGCAGUGUGGGGGCUGUCAGAAUGGAGCUCCCCCCGCCUGCAGCCAGCUGUGUGGGAAGUGGACCACCCAGCCCUGCUCUGAACCCCCCCCCCCAUUGACCAAAUGGGAGAGGAGCCGGUGGCCUCUCCCCCUCCCUGCUCCCCUGAUGUGUUUUUAAUGUUGGGUAAGGUGUGGGGGUCAAGAAUAGAAGUGUCGUCUCUCCUGGGUCAGGGGAAGGCCACCCUUCUGUUGCUCACCAACUUCUCAUUCCCAAUCACCUGCCUGGGUUUGUCUCCAUUUGUGUGUGUUUUUCUUUUCUUUUUUAACAGUUUGUUGUAUCUUUUGGGUUUCUCAUCUAACUUCUCCCAUUGACCUCAUUGCUCAGAGUGCAGUAUUAGGGCAGGAAUCUGCCACUGCCUCCCCUCCAUGAAUGUAUUUGUCCUUCCUGCCCUGGGGAAAUGGGGAGUGGCCCAUUUUCUUUCCCCAUCCAUUCUUAGACCACAUUUUUUUUCUUUUUUUGUUUUGUUUUGUUUUGUUUUGCACCAAAGUGGCAACUGGGUCAGUGUUGGGGGAUAAAGCUGGCCUCGGGGGUGGAGGGGCACCCUCCACCUGCUUCUCCCUGGUUUCAACAGUGUUAGCGUCCGUGAAAAGACAAUAUUCUCUCUAAAGCAAUAAGGGGUGAUGGGCCAGGGGGAAAUGUCUUGCUGCUGCUGGCCCCCCAGCUCCCCCUUUCCUCACGCCAGUAUUUGGCGGCAUUAGAGGUGUCGGGGGAGUACUGUUGUGACUGAAUGUAACCGCCCCCACCCCUGCCGCAGCCAAUGCAGGGGAGGGGGGUGACACUCUUCCCUGUUUCUUCCUUCCCCUUCCCCCCAGCUAAAGAGACUUUGAACUUAGGGGGCCCUUGAGCCUGGAGAGGCCUUAACCCUGUGAGGAAGUGUAGGGGGGGCCCUCUCCCACCCCCAUCCCCUUCUGAGAGUGGUCAAUGUUUACAAGCCCCUGAGCCCCCCAGCCCAGGGACUCCACCCCCAUUGCUGUCCUUUCCCACCCGUCUUCCUGGGCCCCAGCUGCUCUCCCACCCUCCUGGGUUGGGGUGGGUGCAGGGGCUGUUCUGUAUCCCCUUGUCUGCCUUGGACCCACAAUCUCCCCCCACCCUCACCCUGUGUGACUCCCCUCUCUUCUACCUGCCCCUGUAAAUAUUCCCCUUUCCCCAAUAAAACUUGGUGUGUGUUCUC